AUCUCAGAAUCUCAGAAUCUCAGAAUCUCAGAAUCUCAGAAUCUCAGAAUCUCAGAAUCUCAGAAUCUCAGAAUCUCAGAAUCUCAGAAUCUCAGAAUCUCAGAAUCUCAGAAUCUCAGAAUCUCAGAAUCUCAGAAUCUCAGAAUCUCAGAAUCUCAGAAUCUCAGAAUCUCAGAAUCUCAGAAUCUCAGAAUCUCAGAAUCUCAGAAUCUCAGAAUCUCAGAAUCUCAGAAUCUCAGAAUCUCAGAAUCUCAGAAUCUCAGAAUCUCAGAAUCUCAGAAUUUCAGAGUCUCAGGAUUUCAGAAUUUCAGCGUCUCAGGAUUUCAGAAUUCCUAA